UGACGAUCUUGACUAUUGAUCUUCCCAACAUUGCAGAAGACUCACAAUCCAAAUUCUCUCACACACAAAACACAAGUACCACAAACUCUCUACUCAGCAUCCCAUCAUAAUAUCAACACAGCAAAACCAUGUCUUCUCAGAACCUUGUCGACCUUGCCAUCCAAUUCAACGAUGGCGGAGUGCAACUGAUGAAUCAAGGUAGAUUCAUCAAUGCAAUCCCCUAUUUCCAUAAGGCCCUGAAUCACCUCAAGCAAGUUCUGGGUGCGCAAGAUGGCAGCAAGACUAGUACCGAUGACCUCUUGACCUUUCAAAUGGCGGGUGCCGAGAGCGCCAGCAGCAAGGAACAAGAGUCUUUCAUCUUUACGACUCCAAUUACGGCGUCUCGCGCUGACCAGCGCACCACCAUGUUGAUGGAGGAGGAUACUGACACCUGCCUGGAUUCGUUGGUUCGUUUUUCCUUUUCUCUCUUGUUCAACCUUGCCGUGGCCAUGCACAUUGGCGGAUUGGAUACACCCAACAUGGAGGUGGCGGAGCGAAGGGUCAAGAAGAGCCUGGUCUUUUACGAACUUGCUUACAACAUGAUGCAAGAUGAACGGAUUCAUGGUCUGACCGAGACUAUGGCCAUCAUCAACAACAUUGCCCAGGUCCACCGCGUCCUGGGCAAUCCACCCAAAGCACACCAAUGCUACGAGAAGCUUCUCAGCAUUAUGGUUUACGUGACAGAUUGCGGUGGCCAACUCUCGGUUCACCAGUUUGAUCGCUUUUACGAAAAUGUCCUUCCUGCUUUGUUGCCAAGAGCACCUGUCGCUCAAGCCGCUUAGAAAGCAAGCACACUCCAUUUUCCAUAUCUUCUUUGCUACGGUACAGCAUGAUACAUACAGUACCAAUACAUUUUUAGUAAUCGGUACAUAACUUCCAUAUCAUUACUGCAUC